CCGCGAGUUUAACAGUCAGUUGCGGCGGACAGCGAUGGCGGCCACGAUGGAGGCAGCAACCGACAUGAGCAAUUUACUUCAGUUUAUGAAACUUAUAGGACAACUCAAAAGAGUGCCGCGGACAGGUUGGGUUUACAGGAAUGUGAAGAAACCAGAGAGUGUAUCAGACCACAUGUACCGCAUGGCCAUGAUGUCCCUGACCAUCACUGACCCCACGGUUGACAAGGACAGGUGUAUAAAGCUGGCACUGGUUCAUGAUAUGGCAGAGUGCAUUGUGGGAGAUAUCGCUCCUUCAGACAAUGUCAGCAAAGAGGAGAAACACAGGAGAGAAGAGGAAGCGAUGAGGCAUUUAUCAGGUCUGCUGCCAGAGGGGCUCAGACAAGAGAUUUUUGGACUCUGGGAGGAGUAUGAAAACCAGAGCAGUGCAGAGGCUAGGUUGGUGAAACAGUUCGACCUUCUGGAGAUGAUCCUGCAGGCUCACGAGUAUGAAGAGUUAGAGGAAACACCUGGAAGACUUCAGGAAUUCUUUGACUCCACCAAUGGCCGUUUUCAUCACCCAGAUGUGCUCCAGCUCCUCAGUUCAUUGAAUGAAGAAAGAAGGAAUCGCAUGGCAAAAGCUGAUGGUACAAAGAAUUCUGGGGACUUGAAAACUGCCACUGUAGAAUCUCGGUGUAACACACAAGCUCCUCCUUAGUGGAGUGACAGAGAUACUGGACACAAAAUUUGCAAACAAGCACGCACAACUAUGUCACAUGACCAGAUGUGGGAAACGGUAUUUUUGAGGAUUACAAUUGUGCUCUACAGUUGGAGGUUUCUGUUUUACAACAGUGUGUCUGUCAAUUCGAUGCUGUUCUGUAAAUCUGUAUAAUAAAUUAUGAAUAAAUAGUGGUCAAAGUUUUUAUGCAAAUCUUUUAAAAAUCUAUUUUAAUAUGUUGCAUAGAGCUUGUGUUCUUUGUUAUUACAUUUCACUCUGUACAUUUCAUUCUAUUGUGAUCUUUUUUGUUUUUGAUUUUAACCUUGGUGAGGGUGUCUUUUCAAGACCUGAAACAUCCAUAAACAUGAUUAUAAAAAGAGUCCCAUGUGAUAUUUGUUUUAAAAUAUGUGUGAUAUUGGAUAUAUCAGCCAUAAAGCUGUUAUUUAUAGAGCAGUGUUUAAUUGUAUAAAUGCAUCUUUAAAAAAAACUUGAAAGCUAAUAUACAAAUGUCUUCUUUCAAUAAAAGGCUUUGUAAAAAGGUC